GGGUUAGAGCCAGCCGACGUCGGAGGAGUGUGCGCCCCUCUCUGGAAGCCUCUUCCUCACUGACGCCCAGACGAGGGUGCGGGAUUUCAGGGCCGAGUUCCUCAGAAGGCAGAGAAGUAGCAAAAGCGAACGAAAUAAACGCCUGCGGGGAGGAACGAGCGUGACUCCCGCGAGGGCGCACGCGCGCGGCUGUCCAGUCAACACCUAGGUCCGGGGCGGGGCCGGUGGCGGGGCUUGGGUGAUUGGUAGAGCCGAACCCGCAUUCUCCAGUGGAACCGAGGCAGAGGCGGGCCUGCUUGCAGAAAGAGCAUGGCGUGGACGCAUCUGCGAAAAAGGGCCCUGGAUGCAGUCCUCAUCCUUGGGGGUGGAGGACUUUUCUUCACCUCUUACCUGACAGCCAAGGGGGAUGACCAUUUCUAUGCUGAAUACCUGAUGCCAGCCCUGCAGAGGCUGCUUGAUCCAGAGUCAGCCCACCGGCUAGCUGUGCGCAUCACCUCCCUGGGGCUCCUUCCUCGAGCUACAUUUCAGGACUCCGAUAUGCUGGAAGUGAGAGUCCUGGGCCAUAAAUUCCGAAAUCCAGUAGGGAUUGCUGCAGGGUUUGAUAAGCACGGGGAAGCUGUGGACGGACUCUACAAGCUGGGCUUCGGUUUUGUUGAGGUGGGAAGUGUGACUCCCCAGCCUCAGGAAGGAAACCCCAGGCCCAGAGUAUUCCGCCUCCCCGAGGACCACGCUGUCAUUAACAGGUAUGGAUUCAACAGCCAUGGGCUCUCCGUGGUGGAACACCGGCUGAGGGCCAGACAGCAGAAGCAAGCCAAGCUCACAGCAGACGGGCUGCCUCUGGGAAUAAACCUGGGGAAGAAUAAGACUUCGGUGGAUGCUGCUGCAGACUAUGCCCAGGGUGUUCGCGUCCUGGGCCCCUUGGCCGACUACCUGGUGGUGAACGUGUCCAGUCCCAACACUGCUGGUCUGCGGAACCUACAGGGAAAGGCUGAGCUGCGCCGCCUGCUGGCCAAGGUGCUGCAGGAGAGGGACGCCUUGAAGGGAACACGGAAGCCGGCAGUGCUGGUGAAGAUUGCCCCUGACCUCACCACCCAGGACAAGGAGGACAUAGCCAGUGUGGCAAGAGAGCUGGGCAUCGAUGGACUGAUUGUUAGCAACACUACAGUGAGUCGCCCUACUGGCCUCCAGGGUGCCCUGCGCUCUGAGACGGGGGGACUCAGUGGGAAGCCACUCCGAGAUCUGUCGACCCAGACCAUCCGGGAGAUGUACGCCCUCACCCAAGGCAGGAUUCCCAUUAUCGGUGUUGGCGGUGUGAGCAGUGGGCAGGAUGCCCUGGAGAAGAUCCAGGCGGGAGCCUCCCUGGUCCAGCUGUACACAUCCCUCACCUUCCUGGGGCCACCGGUCGUGGUCAGGGUCAAGCGUGAGCUGGAGGCACUUCUGAAAGAGCGGGGUUUUAACACAGUCACAGAAGCCAUUGGAGCAGAUCACCGGAGGUAAUGGUACCUACCAGAACGUGUCCAGUGGGUGCCCAGAACGCACCCACUCGAGCAAGCCCUGUGGCUGCAUCAUGAGAGGAGGAUCUGUCUCAAGCCAUGUCCCUUGAACUGAGGCCUAGCUGGGCUGAUCACAGACAUCACUAGUCAGCGAAGGAUUUCUCUGAUCCCUUGAGGAGACCAUGCACGAACUCUACUGUCAUUUUUUGGAUCUGAAUCCUGGGGUCCCUCAGUAUCAUAAGGACAUUGGCUCUUUGGGAGGAGACAUCAUGAAGAAAAUAAAGCCAUUUAAACCUGUUUUAAA